GGGAGCCCUAGCGCUCCCUCCAGGCUGUGUCCGAGGAAGGAUCCCAGGCUAGCCUCUGGGCGGCGGAGACGGCGAUGUCCUCCCCGGGUCCCAGAUGCUGAUCUCCUGUUACUGGAAAACAGGAAUUAGCUUGUCUGCUUGAGGAUGUGGUUGGUUCUUUAUAAAAAGGAUACACAAGAAAUUUGCACAUAGUCUGCCAGCUUCAUUAUGCUGCCGACAGCUUCCAACAAAAGAAGAACAUUUGCAGCCAGAUAUUUCGCCCGCUCCAAAAGCCUGGUGAUGGGGGAACAGAGCCGCAGCCCAGGGCGGCUGCCCUGCCCCCGCAGACUGGGCCCCGUGCUCAAGGAGGGCUGGCUGAAGAGGCAGAGGAGCAUCAUGAAGAACUGGCAGCAGCGCUGGUUCGUGCUGCGUGGGGAUCAGCUUUUCUACUACAAGGACAAAGACGAGACCAAGCCCCAGGGAUUUAUUUCUCUACAAGGGACCCGGGUGACCGAACUUCUUCCUGGCCCUGAGGACACAGGGAAGCACCUCUUUGAGAUCAGCCCAGGUGGUGCCGGGGAGCGGGAGAAGGUGCCGGCCAACCCCGAGGCGCUCCUGCUCAUGGCCAGCUCCCAGCGUGACAUGGAGGACUGGGUGCAGGCCAUCCGCCGGGUCAUCUGGGCCCCACUUGGUGGAGGGAUCUUUGGGCAGCGCCUGGAGGACACCGUCCACCACGAGCGGAAGUAUGGCCCCCGUCUGGCCCCCCUGCUGGUGGAGCAGUGCGUGGACUUCAUCCGGGAGCGCGGGCUCACCGAGGAGGGCCUGUUCCGCAUGCCGGGCCAGGCCAACCUGGUGAGGGACCUGCAGGAUUCCUUUGACUGUGGGGAGAAGCCACUGUUUGACAGCACAACAGACGUGCACACGGUGGCCUCUCUGUUGAAGCUCUACCUGCGGGAGCUCCCCGAGCCUGUGGUCCCCUUCGCCAGGUAUGAGGACUUCCUCAGCUGUGCCCAGCUGCUCACCAAGGACGAGGGGGAGGGGACACUGGAGUUGGCUAAGCAAGUGAGCAGCCUUCCCCUGGCCAAUUACAACCUGCUCAGAUAUAUCUGCAAGUUUCUGGAUGAAGUCCAGUCGCACUCAAAUGUCAACAAGAUGAGUGUCCAGAACCUAGCAACCGUUUUUGGACCCAACAUACUUCGGCCACAGAUAGAAGACCCGGUAACCAUCAUGGAAGGCACUUCUCUGGUCCAGCACCUGAUGACCGUCCUGAUCCGCAAACACAGCCAACUCUUCACUGCGAGGGCCGAGGAAGAGCUGACCUCCCCGCGUGGCGGCCCACCGUGCACUGUGGGAUGGGGCUCUGAGGAGGGCCCGAGGGAUGGCCAGCCGGAACCCAGCAGCCCCAGCAGCCCUAGCAGUCCUGGCCUGCCAUCACACAGGACCUCGUCUCUGGAUGGGGCCACUGUGGCAGCGCUGUCUAGAACCUCCCCCACGGGCCUGGGUACCCGAGGCAGCCAUGCUGCCCCCAGCCCUGGGAAGAAAGUGCAGACUCUGCCCAACUGGAAGUCUUCCUUCUGGCAGUCAGGGUCCCGUUCGGGGAGCCCAAAGGCGGGCAGCUCAUCCCUGGAGGUGCCCAUCAUCUCCUCUGGAGGGAACUGGCUCAUGAAUGGACUGUCCUCCCUGCGCGGCCACCGCCGGGCCUCCUCGGGAGAACGGCUCAAGGACUCAGGCUCUUCACAGAGACUCUCCACUUAUGACAACGUGCCCCCACCCAGUGGCCUCUUCCCCAGCACCCCCAGUGUGGCCAGCACAGUGUGGUCGGGUGCCUCCUCUUGCGAGGCAUCGACCAGGGGCUCAGUCAGCAGCUGCACAGCCUGCCGGGCCAGUGACUCGUCUGCCUGCAGCUCCCUGCACACUGAGGGGGCCCUUGAGCCUUCCCCUUUCCCCAGUAGCAGCGAGGACCGCAGAUCCCCAGACCUGGGCCACAGCCUGGACGAGGUGGGCACCUGCAGCAGCGAGCCCAGCGACCCAGGCAGCCCCAACCAGGACUAUGCCCGCUGCUCUGAGGCUCUCCAGGGCCUGGUCACAGAGCUCAGGGCGGAGCUGUGCCGGCAGAGGACUGAGUACGAGACCAGUAUAAAAAGACUUGAAGAAGGUAGUGCCAACCUGAGGAAACGAAUGUCACAGCUAGAGGAAGAACUAGACCAGGAAAAGAAAAAGUACACAAUGCUGGAAAUAAAGCUGAGGAACUCAGAGCGGGCACGGGAAGACGCAGAGAAGAGGAACCAGCUGCUGCAGAAGGAAAUGGAGGAGUUUUUUUCAACCCUUGGAAGCCUGACUAUAGGAGCAAGAGGUGACAAAGCCCCAAAGUGAAGGAGUAGGAAGAACUCCCGUUAACAACGGGCUCGCCCGCCUCUGAGCAGAGAUGGCCAUCCGCCUCACGAGGAGCCACAAGGCCCUGCAGCUUGGACCUGGGCUUCUGUGGAGCCAGGAGCUCUGGAGCUAGCUGGAGGGAGGGUUCCCGACACCCCCAGGAGGGACUCUUGGGAGCAGCCUAAGCGCCAUGUGGGAUCUGGAUGCUGCUCAGACCAUGUAGGGCCUGGCAGCUGUCAGAGGGGACAGUCCCAUGACCAUUAAAACAGAUGACUCCUGGGAUGUGAGUAGCCCACUGGGUUACUUUUUUUGCAUUCUUUAUUAAAUUUGCUGACAUAGCA